UUGGGGGAAUUUACUGACAGAACAGAGCCCAAUGACAGCUACGCCAACUGCAUGGUGGGUAGAGUAGUCCUGGAGGCGGAGAACGAGAGACGGCGAGGCCUGCGCGCCAACUACAACACCCACAAGUCCCUGCGGCUGUGGCGCUGUGCGUAUGCGAGCCAGAGAAAACCGAGAGAUUUAGGAAAUUUUCUGCAGUGCUUUCAGCUGCGCUAGUACGGAAGAAUGAACCGAUAGUCAAGUCGGCAGCUAAUAUUUCCACGUUGAUGUGUUCAUACCUGCGGUGUUGAGCGACCCAACUAAGAUCGGUACUACCCAGCAGCUCUGUGACGUGCUCACUCCUGCAGCAGGAGCAGCAUGGAGGCGACCUUUGGCCCCACCUUCUCAGCUGUGGCUGCUGGAGGAAAAGAAGGGUCAACCACCUACAAGCAGCACAGACGAACUCCGUCCUCCUCCAGCACACUGACCUACUCUCCUCGGGACGACGAUGAUGGAAUGCCUCUCAUUGGGACUCCACGGAGAUCUGAUUCAGCCAUCUCUGUGCGGUCUCUUCAUUCUGAGUCCAACAUUUCUCUGCGCUCUACUUUCUCACUGCACGAGGAGGAGGAAGACACGGAGCCCCAGGUGUUUGCUGAACAGCCGUCAGUGAAGCUGUGCUGUCAGCUCUGCUGUAACGUCUUCAAGGAUCCCGUCAUCACCACGUGUGGGCACACCUUCUGCAGACGAUGUGCCUUGACUUCAGACAAGUGCCCCGUGGACGCAGCCAAGCUGACGGUCGUGGUGAACAACAUUGCCGUGGCCGAGCAGAUCGGAGAGCUGUUCAUUCACUGUAAAUACGGCUGCAGGGUCACGGCCAGUGGAGCAGCAGGGGGCGCCGCGGCCUCCAAUGCCACGGUGGCCGGGAAACCCGGAGCGUUUGAAGUGGACCCCUUGGGCUGCCCGUUCACUAUCAAACUGGUUGCACGCAAAGAACACGAGGCCAGCUGUGACUACAGGCCAGUCCGCUGCCCCAACAACCCCUCCUGCCCCCCCCUGCUCACCAUGAACCUCGAGGCCCACCUCAAAGCCUGUGAGCACAUCAAAUGUCCACACUCCAAAUACGGCUGUACGUUCAUCGGCAACCAGGACACGUAUGAAACCCACCUGGAGGUGUGCAAGUUUGAAGGACUGAAGGAGUUCCUGCAGCAGACUGACGACAGGUUCCAUGAGAUGCAGCUGACACUGGCACAGAAGGACCAGGAUAUCGCUUUCCUGCGUUCCAUGUUGGGCAAACUCUCUGAGAAACUAGACCAGCUGGAGAAGAACUUGGAACUGAAGUUUGAUAUGUUGGAUGAAAACCAGAGUAAACUGAGUGAAGACCUGAUGGAGUUCCGUCGAGAUGCCUCCAUGCUGAAUGAUGAGCUGUCCCACAUCAACGCCAGGCUCAACAUGGGGAUCCUGGGCUCCUACGACCCACAGCAGAUCUUCAAAUGUAAGGGGACCUUUGUGGGCCACCAGGGUCCAGUCUGGUGCCUCUGUGUCUACUCUACAGGAGACCUGCUCUUCUCUGGAUCCUCAGACAAGACCAUCAAGGUGUGGGACACCUGCACCACCUACAAGUGUCAGAAAACCCUGGAGGGUCACGAUGGCAUCGUGUUGGCUCUGUGCAUACAGGGGAACCGGCUGUACAGUGGCUCCGCGGACUGCACCAUCAUCGUGUGGGACAUUCAGACUCUGCAGAAGGUAAACACCAUCCGUGCCCAUGACAACCCCGUGUGCACGCUGGUCUCCUCCCACAACAUGUUGUUCAGCGGCUCCCUGAAGGCCAUCAAGGUCUGGGACAUCGUGGGGACGGAGCUGAAGCUGAAGAAGGAGCUAACAGGUCUGAACCACUGGGUGAGAGCGCUAGUGGCGUCUCAGAACCACCUGUACAGCGGCUCCUAUCAGACCAUCAAGAUCUGGGACAUCCGUUCUCUGGAAUGCGUUCACGUUCUUCAGACCAGCGGCGGCAGCGUUUACUCCAUCGCCGUCACCAACCACCACAUCGUCUGUGGCACUUACGAAAACCUCAUCCACGUGUGGGAUAUCGAGUCUAAAGAACAAGUGCGGACGCUGACAGGUCACGUGGGAACAGUCUACGCUCUGGCAGUCAUCUCAACUCCAGACCAGACCAAAGUGUUCAGCGCCUCCUACGACCGUUCACUGAGGGUGUGGAGCAUGGACAACAUGAUCUGUACCCAGACUCUGCUGAGACACCAGGGCAGUGUCACGGCUCUGGCUGUGUCCAGGGGACGUCUCUUCUCUGGAGCCGUGGACAGCACCGUCAAGGUGUGGACCUGCUAAAAGGACGGUUCUCCCUGAUUGGACUUGUCCUAAACUCCGCCUCUUUUCCACACAUGAUUGUUUUUCUUCCAGACUUUAUCUUUUUUUCUCCAGCAGCCAAACAGCAGUAACAGCCACAGCUUCUUCACAACCGUUUUACUGAAUGUUGCUUUUUCACCUUCACACGAACAAUCGACUCUGACUGUAAGGGGUCAAAGGUCACGGUCCUGAGGGACCUCAGUGCGUCCCGCAGCACCACGAGACGAUCUGCCUUAACAGCUGCAGCGCACCGGUCCAGAACGGAGGGUGGAGCGGAGCGGAGGAUCAUGGUCCGUAGGUACAUCUGUCUGUUCUGGUCUCCACACCUGAGGAAUGGUUGGUUUCACAAACAUGACGCUGCAAUCACCCCUGGUGGUCACCACUGUAAUUUCAGGACUAGAGGUUGCUCUUCUUUUUUGUUCAGUGACUAAAAACUGUCACGACUGAAACACGAACACUUCCUUCAAGAACACGAAAUUAAACAUAAAAAAAAAUA